CUCCGGUCAGGUGACCGUGUGUUGUUGUGGCGCUGCUCGGUCUCCGAGAGUCUGAGAGACACCGAGACCCCUUUAACCGGAGCCCCUCAGACACACCGACAAACUAACAGACAGACGCCGAGCAGAAGCCGCGCGACCAUGCUGGGCGAGAUCCGCGCGACCCCGCAGUAGCGAGGAGGAGAGGAGCGACCCCGAGCGCAGCGCGCGGCCCCGCAGCGCCGUUAUUAUGGCCUAAAGCCGCGGCGGCGCUGCGCUCGAGACCGCGGGGAUGGCGGCGGCGUGCGCGCGACUCCUCGCGCGGCUCCUGGCGCUGCUGCCCGCGCUGUGUCUCGCGCUGGCCGCGGCCGACCGCGAGGAGUGGUACACGGCGUUCGUCAACGUCACCUACGUGGACCCGGCGACGGGGCGGGUGCGCACGGAGCGCAGCGAGUACGGCCGCUACGGGGAGCAGUCGCCGAAGCGCGAGGCCCGCGGGGUGCUGGCAGCCGCCGCGUCGCCGCGCGAGCGGCACGUCUGCCGCCCGGGGACGCGCUUCGCCGUGCCGGAGCAUACGGGCACCUGGAUCGCGCUGGUGGCGCGCGGGAACUGCACGUUCACCGAGAAGAUUCGGCACGCGGCGGGGCAGAACGCGAGCGCCGUGGUGGUGAUGAACGCGGGGACGGCCAACGGGAACGAGACCAUCACCAUGCCGCACCCAGGAACGGGUGAUGUGGUAGCGAUCAUGAUCCCGGAGCCCAAAGGGCGGGAGCUGGUGUUGCUGUUGGAGAGAAACAUCACGGUGCAAAUGCACAUCACCAUAGGAACGAGGAACCUGCAGAAAUUCGUCAGUCGCACCUCCGUCGUCUUCGUCUCCAUCUCCUUCAUCAUCCUCAUGAUCAUCUCUCUAGCCUGGCUCGUCUUCUACUACAUACAGAGAUUCAGAUACGCCAACGCCAGAGACCGCAACCAGAGACGACUUGGUGAUGCGGCUAAAAAAGCCAUCAGUCAGCUCCAAGUUCGGACUAUAAGGAAAGGAGACCAGGAGACGGAGUCUGAUUUUGAUAACUGUGCGGUGUGUAUUGAAAGCUAUAAGCCCAACGACGUUGUGAGGAUUCUGCCCUGCAGGCAUCUCUUCCAUAAAGGCUGUGUGGACCCGUGGCUGGUGGACCAUCGGACCUGUCCCAUGUGCAAAAUGAACAUCCUCAAAGCGCUCGGCCUCACGUCGAGCGCUGAGUGCUUAGAUGAGCUUCCUCUGGACUAUGACCUGGCGGUGGGGGGCGUGGCCCUGAACGCCAUGGUGAUGAGCGAUGACGUCAUGGGCGGUGACGUCGCAGUGGGACGUGACCCAGGGAUCCGGAUGGUGGGUCUCCCUCAGGUCCUCCUGGACUCUGAGCCCAUGUCUGAGGACACCAUGACGACGGAGCAGAGCGAACUCCAGCCAAUAGCGAGCGGCAGUUCUGAAGCAUCACUCGCGAUGGGGGCGGGGCAUUUAGACAUGGACAUGCAUGUGGAGGAUGUGAAAUGCUGAUUGUGCCACGGACGCUCAAACCACACACCCACAGACUGAGUCGCCCACGGCAACAGCCCCAUGGGCGGGGUUUAACACGUGUGCUGUUCUGACAGAGCUUCCGGAGGAAUCUCUCAGCCAGUGACAUCACACUACGACAUCACUGCCUGCUGCACUCUGACCUCUCUUUCUCUCUCUCUUCUCGUCACUAAUGCCAGAUCUCUGAUGGAUCCUUUUGUAGCAGAAGGAUCCACUCCAGUCCGUUUACCUUUAGAUUAGAGUGCGUUCUCCCGAGUGUACACUACACUAGCACGAAAGGCAGUUCAUUCUCAGCAGACAAUCUGCUCCGUUCUGCUCGACAAUCAGACCGUUUUUUUUCCCCAUUCCUCCACAAAGUCUCCUUCCAUCGCGUCUUUUCUGGAACAAAUCCGAAAAACAAAACGAAAACAGUGUUUAUUUUUCUAUAGAGAUGCAUUUGAAGUGUAAACAAAGUGCAGUAUUUGAAGACGCUUUGGAAGUACUGAACUGCCGUCUUUGAUGAGGGGGAAACAAGUGAAGGUGUUUACACACUAAACCCGUGACUCGAGUAUUCAGCUCGCAUGAGAAGUGUUAGGGUUUAUUCCCGGAAAGUGCUCUUUCGCUCUUCGGACUCUGCGGACCACAGCAUUUCAUACGACUUUACAGCAUGAAGCAGCAGGCCUUAAACACCUGUGUUUGUAUUUAAGUGGAUUCCAUUUAAGUUUGUAACUCUUGUUCUUCCACAUCUUAAUUUUAUUGUAUAUUGUAAAUAGAAGUAUUUUGUCAACCUGAUCCUC